AAGGCCAUGUUCAAUGCCAGUCGAGGUUUGCGCGUGAGAUCACACGCUACACUAUUUAGUAUUUUUUUUUAAGUUCUUUUUUUGAAUUCGCCAAUAUGGCGUCUGCCGUGAUAAAGUUUUGUGCCAUAUUGAUGUUAGUUGCUGUGUGCGCCGCUGAUGUUUCUCACCUAGCACAGACGCAAGCGCAACCCGUCACCGAGGUGUGUCUCGGCUGCAUCUGCCAGGCCGUCUCCGGAUGCAAGCAGGGUCUGCAGUGUGAGGGAGACCACUGCGGGCUGUUCCACAUCACCUGGGCCUACUGGGCCGAUGCUGGCAAGCCGACCAUCAAUGGACAGUCGCCUGAUGCUUCUGAUGCGUUCCCGAACUGCACCAACGACCCUUACUGCGCCGCUCUCACUGUCCAGGGUUACAUGAGGAAAUUCGCUCAGGACUGCAACGGUGACGGUCGCAUCGACUGCUACGACUACAUGGCGAUCCACAAGAAGGGAGGAUACGGAUGCGUGGGAGAGCUGCCCUUCAGCUACGUGAAUGUGUUCAACCAGUGCGUGGCUGCUGUAGCCGGGGCCCAGGGUCAGGGACAGCAUUACGGCUAAAGAUAUUCCCAUUGAGGACUGAGGUUGUGACAGAGUAUAUGAUUUGAGGAUAUUUUCAUUUUGACCACGAUAUCUUCAGCUUUGGUCAAAAAUACUUCGUUUUAGCUGCUAAUAUAGGCAGUCCAUGAUGUUGCCUGCAUAACAGAAAAGUGUAAAAAUCCUCAAAACAAAUACUUGGUACAUCUCAAGAUCGUCUCGAUAAAAUUGGAGCUCAAAUCCGUACUUACGUAAUUUUAACCAUUGAUAA